AUGCUCAAACUUUUUCUGGGAUUUUCAUUAAUCGGGCUGUUUGUGGCGUUCGACCUGAACCUGUGCGACACGAAGAAGACGAUCCAGUGUGAGCUGUGGGAGACGUGUUGUCCUGGAAAGGGCGGGACUUACGCUUGUUGCCCAUAUCUGAAGGGGAAUUGCUGUGGACUCGAUUCGGACAGAUGCUGCCCACCCGGCUUCAACUGUGGCCCCGCCGGCUGUCAGCGGAUUCCGCACAACGGAACCGCGCUC